AUGGAUUGGUCUUCGAAAUUAUUAUAUGCUGUGGUGGCAUGUUUAUUUUUGCAACAAUUAGUUGCUGCUAAUACGACCACAACCGACGGAGGCAAAAAUUCCACCAUAGAUGGCAACGAAAAUGACGAUAAUACUACCAAUAGUGCACAACCCCCACCGCCACCGCCGCCACCGCCAACACCGCCGCCAACUAAUACAGGCAACAGUACAUCCAAUGGAACUGACACGAGUGAUACGGGUGCAAAUACUGGUGGGGACACAGGGGCGAACACCGGUGCAGGCCCAACUGCUUCCAAUAAUCUAGCAGCACAACGUCGGCAGCAAGCGUUACAACGUCAAAGGCGUCAAAGGCGUCUAAGAAGGCAACGAAGACGUCGGGCAGAGCGCAGGAGGAGGCAACGUCGAGCUAGACGUCGCGCUAGAAAUCAGGCACAGCGCAGGGGACGACAACGUGGACGCGGAAAUGGCAUUCGUAAUAGGCAUUUUCGUGCCACCAACGCAAAGGAAAUAUCAGAUAUGGAAUUUAUGAAUUAA